AUGUCGGUCGUUAGCGAGUUACCGGAUCCCGGCGGUACAAGUGAAUUGCUAACACCAACCGGGAAAAGGACAUUUAACGAAAUGUCACCUACGGAUUUUUCGCCGAAAGACAAUAGAAGUAAACGAAUUAAUAAUUCGGAUUUAAGUGGAAAUGUUUCGUCUCUUAACGCUCGUGAUAACUGUGGGGAAUACAAUUACUGCGAGUUAGUCUCACAGGCUACCGAGUACUUGGCAAAAAUUAAUGAAUUAGUUAAUGAUCAGGGAUCUCGGAUGAAUGUAGGCGUCGUGUUACGUGUAGCUAACGAACGGCAGCUUAAGAAACUGGAAUCUGUGGACGCCAUUAAAUCAGUAGGGUUGCGCUUAGAAAAACCGAAAGGCCGUAGGCCCCGUAUAAUUGUAAAAGACGUACCCGGUUCUAUGGAAGAUCGUGCCUUCCUAACAGCCUUAUACCGUCAGAAUAUCAAGGACGAAUUAAAAUUAAGUGAGAACGAUUUUAUUAAGUCAACCAAAAUUGUUAGGCAUCGUAAACUAGAAAAUGGGCGUCAAUGGAUAGGCUUGGAAUUAGAGGCAGCAGUUCGGAAACAUCUAGCCAACCCAAAAGAUAAACUUUAUAUAGACUGGGCCACAUGUAGAUUAAUAGACGAUAUAGAAGUAGUUCGUUGCUUAAAUUGUCAGCAAUUCGGUCAUGUACAAAAGUUUUGCAUCAUAAAAACCCCUACUUGUGCUAAUUGCGCCGCUGCACACGAAACGCGAGCUUGUCCAGAUAAAGACACACCAGAUUUUAAGCCCACGUGCGCACAGUGCCAGUUAAAUCUUCAUAACGAUAAAAUAGCUACAUCAGAAUUAGACCGUUUAAUUUUAGAACAAAAGUUAGACAUUGUCCUUUUACAAGAACAAUAUCAGAGCGCUCACUUGCGUCGUAAUGUAGUACAGCUUGACUGCCGUUCGCAGGCUGGGAUAUAUGUUGCAAGUUCUAAUUUUACGGUAACAUCUUUGCGUAAUCUUAUGACGUCACACUGCGCCGUUGCUGAGAUCUCAUCCUCUACCUGUAAGGUUUACGUAGUGAGCUGCUAUUUUCAAAAUUCACAUCCUAUUGAUCCUCACUUACAUCACCUACGUUACGUCUUGCAGUUCCUCGUGGGACAUAAAACUAUCAUUGGCGCUGAUGUCAAUGCGUCAUCUUCAUUAUGGUAUGGCAAGUUGCGUUCAACCGACACGGUUCGACGUUGUGCGGUUGAAGAUUUCAUUGCGGAAAUGAAUCUUAUUAUUCACAAUACCCCCGAUGCACCACCAACUUUUUGCAACCCAAUGGGUGAGUCUUCUAUUGACGUGACGCUUACGCGCGGCGACGUCUCGAUAUCCGGAUGGCGUGUCCUUCCGGACGCAUUCUGUAGUGAUCACCGCUUGAUCGUGUACGGAUUCAUACCAAGGGUUGCACAGGAUCCAAAAAGGGCUUUCUAUAAUUUUAGAUAUAAAACUAAAGGUGCGAACUGGGCUUUGUUUGGUUCACUCUUUGCAACUCAUACCAAAGACUUCAGUCGCAGUAGUUUAUCAGCUGAGGAAAGCGCAGAAAUACUAUCAGAAACUUUUACAUAUUGCGCUGAUGUAACUAUUGGUCGCGGAUCUAUCACUAACACUCGUAGAUGUGAUUGGUGGAAUGAUAGAUUAGCCGAACUACGUAGAAGCUACAGGAAAGCUCGUAGAAAAUUAAACACUAUUAAAAAACAUAACGUAACAGGAGAUUUGUACAACAAUGCUCUCAUUGCUCUUAGAGUUGCCAGGUCCCACUACAGAGCUGCUGUGGAAAAAUCCAAGGGAAUAUUAAUUCAGAAACUUGUUGAUAAACUCGAUAGAGAGGGCCCGUGGUCACCUUUGUAUCACGAAUUUAAGGCAAAUAGAUCAAUCGACCUUGCAUACAUACAGAACAUCAAAAUUAAUAACAGAUAUAUCACAGGAGUAGAACAAACAGCAGAAUAUCUUUUAGACUCACUCGUACCUGACGAUCGACCGGAAAACGACACUGAUCAUCACCGACAGAUCAGGCAGUGGGCCAGUGGGCCACCACUGUCUCCAAUGUCUGAUUUACCAUCUUCAGACGAAUUUCUCGGUAUCAUUAAAUCCUUGCCGCUAAACAAGGCUUCGGGCGAUGAUAAAAUAUCUAACAAAAUGAUAAAAGAAGCUUGUAAACUUUCGGGUGACACGAUUUUCACUGUCUUUAAACGUUGCAUUGCUGAAGGAAUAUUUCCUCGUAUAUGGCGGUGCGGUACAACUAAACUAAGACUUGGUCAUCAUUCUGUGUCGAAGGCGCUUACAAUGGGAUGUCCUCAGGGAUCGGUGCUAGGUCCAUACUUGUGGAAUAUCGGCUUCGACGAUUUUCUUGCGAUACCAAUACCAUCCGGAUGUACUCUGAACGUGUAUGCUGAUGACGGCUUAUUACUGGUGGAAUCUGAUACUAGGGCGGGGCUUGAGAGAUUAGCCAAUAGAUGUUUGAACUUGAUAUCUCAAUGGGGUGAACGUAAUCGCUUAACUUUUGCACCCAACAAAACCUUCCAGCUACUUUUAAAAGGUAACCUCAAAUCACCGCCGAGCAUUAGAUUUGACAAUGUUACUGUAAAAAAUUAA